CUCUCGGGUUAGUGCUCGACGCUCGCCGGCUAGACGUGAGGCAGGUCGGCAGCAGGCGGCUCGCGUUGCAUAAUGCGCAGCGAGCUCCGCCGGCGAGCACGGCGACAAGACGUGUCGGCGACCGCGCUUGCCAGCCGCUGAGCGCCGCGCGCCAGCCCCCGCGCGACAUGAGAGCGGCGCGCCGGCUGCGGCCCCUCGUCCCUCUGCUGGCGCUGCGCAUCCUGCUCGAGUACCUCAAGUCGCUGCACCUCGCUCCCGCCGCCUAGGCCGCCACCAGCUUACUGUUUAUGCACCAAAGACGAUACUACCCUUUGUUUAUUCGCGGAAAUACUAACAAAAAGCGCGCAAAUUAUGAACACUAUCUCCAGAACGAUGAAUAUUUAUGAUUGUACAAGUUACUUCAAUACGCAAAAAGUAAUUAUGAGAAUACAAAAUUAAGAGACCAACAGAAAUAAAUCAAAAUGAGACUGUCAACUAGCGAAGAAGUUCCAAGCACAACGGUUGUGGGCCGCACCGGGAGUCCCGGUGGCGCGGACGUGGUGAGCGGCGUGUCGAGCGCGGGCGCAUACGAUGUGACGCGCAUGCGCGAGGAGGAGUUCGAGAGGCUCACCGUGUACAUCGUGCCCGACGUGCCAUGCGAGCGCGGCACCGCCAACCGCGCCGAGAGGACGCUCCCGCGCAGCCUCGCCCUCAGACCAUCUGCAGUAUUAUCCACUCCAAAUACACCGACUGAAGGUGUUUGGAGUAUAGGAGUAAUACCACGGGGAACACGAUUCGGGCCCUUCGAAGGCACCCGGACACCCAACAAACCUAAUGACAAAGUCUCCUGGAGAUAUUACUGGAGGGUACAGGAAACUGUGAGACAUCAUACUUAUGGAAAUAUUAAGAUAUUCAAGGACAGUGACUAUUAUUACCUGGAUGGGUCCGACACGAGUGUAGCAAACUGGAUGCGAUAUGUUGCAUCUGCGUAUUCUCUCUCGGUGAUGAACCUCGUCGCCUGUCAGCAUCAAGAACACAUAUACUUUUACACUAUCAGGGACAUUAUGCCAAACGAAGAGUUGAUGGUGUGGUAUUGUAAAGAUUUUGCAACCAGGCUGGGCUACGAUAUCGAUCCGGAGAGAGCCACCUACUCUAUCUGCAAAGAAGAAACGAUAAAGAAGGCGUACGGCCUGCCACCCGCACCAGUGCACCCUGAAAUUGCCUUCAAUCACAUGAAGUACGUCCUGGGAUUGACGAAUACGAAAGAAUUGCUAGAAGCUGAGAUCCCUAGCCGACGGCGAAAGCGUGAGGCGACUGAUAAACCCUUUCAUGAAAAUUCAACAACAGUACUCCGUGAAGACGCCAGAUGCAUCAACAAAAAUGACAGGGUGGUACUCCGGGCAGAUAUAUCUACUAACAUCAUUCAUAACAAAACAGAAAACUCAAUUGUGAGUGAACAAAGAUCAUUAUCACCGACCAGCCUAAUGCCUUCGCCGUCUCCGGUUAAAAUUCAUAGAGAAAAUCCUACGUUAAUCAUCCAUCAACAUAAAGAGAGCACAUCUCAAGUAGUGAUACACCAACUCGAGAAUCCUAGGAUUCAAAGCAAUAGAUCACCUGCCCAGUGCCAAAACUUGAGAGACAUGCGUGGACCAUCACCAAUGGCACAAAAUAAUCAAGAUAAAUUAGGAAGUAAGUCUCCAAUACUCACUCAUUGUGGCGGACCACAUUAUGAACAUCAGCUGACCCCUAACGACGGAUCGGUGCGAUCAGAUGAGGGAUACCAUAGCAAUGGUUAUCACGAUGAAUUCACACCUCCUGAAGAUUCAAGUGAUUCUGAUGUAGAAAACUAUGUUCUUGACUGUUCCAAUAAAACUAAUGAACCCAAAGAGACAGUAAUAGUUCAAAAAAUUGAUCAAGAUAUGCACCGAAAUGAAUACAGAAAGGUUAAAAUAAAAAUGCCCAGAGCAUAUCAGUAUCAAAAUCACAAAGAUAUGGACUGUGAAAGUGAAAAGGAGUUGGUGAUUGCUGAGGAAAUUCCCAAUACUCCACAAAACUUAUCGCCUCCAAGACGUGAUCCCGCUACAUCGACUGUCAUAGUAUUAGAAUCAUCUCAGAACACGGUGGUUCCUUUAAACAAGCCAUAUUAUGAAGACGGUGCUAUUUCACCUUCGCCGCAGCCAGCUUUUAUGAGAUAUUCUCCACCAGAUACAAGAAUACUGGAAACAAUAUUAACUGGCAACAGAAUCGAUACAAAUAAUAAUGAUCCCAACCGGCGUCAGCCAAACGCAACACCACCUCCUUCAUCUCCAACAGAAAUGGCCUAUUCGUAUAAGAAGAGUCAAAGGUACGGCAACGCCUGCAGUCCAGACUCCAGCUCUAAUUUAACUCCUCUGCCAUCGCUUCUGCCACUACCACAGCAGCUGCCCACGCCAAGCGCAGCUUCUAUUUAUUCAUCAUCACCACCGCAUACGAUCCCACAUACUACAGAAAUUAGGGAAAUCAGAGAAAUUAGGGAGAUCCGGGAGACACGUUAUGAAAGUCAUUACCCCAACUAUUCGUACAACUUGUACUCUCCUCCGAACUCUACAAUUAUAACUCAACUGGGUUCACCACCCAGUAACUACUCACCAACAGUGACGUCAUCUCAUCAAUACGAGCGAUCUCAGAAUGUUCAAAGUAACCACCACUAUCCAUCCUCGACUAGUGUUAUUACACUUAAAAACUGUUCACAAUUAAGUUUGAUUCAAAACACAAAUGUGAAUAGUCAACUGGUUCCUCAACACGGCAGUGUCAGUCCCGACGGUUCAUGCGGACUUAUGGGAGCACCAAUGAGUCCGGGCUCACAGUCCUCACGAGGCUACAGGAGCUUACCAUACCCGCUCAAGAAAAAGGACGGAAAAAUGCACUAUGAGUGCAAUGUCUGCUGCAAAACGUUCGGACAGCUUUCUAAUUUGAAGGUGCACUUGAGAACGCACUCUGGAGAGCGGCCGUUCAAAUGCAAUGUAUGUAGUAAAUCGUUUACGCAACUUGCACAUCUACAGAAACAUCACUUAGUACAUACCGGGGAGAAACCUCACCAGUGCGAUAUUUGCAAAAAACGAUUUUCUUCAACAUCGAAUUUAAAAACACAUUUACGCCUGCACUCAGGACAAAAACCUUAUGCAUGUGAUUUGUGUAUGCAGAAAUUCACACAAUUCGUACAUUUAAAAUUGCACAAGCGGCUCCAUACGAAUGACAGGCCAUACGUUUGCCAAGGAUGCGACAAGAAGUACAUCAGUGCUUCUGGAUUACGCACCCACUGGAAGACUACUAGUUGUAAGCCGAAUAAUAUUGAAGAAGUAUUAGCAAUCACGAAUGCAGCAAACACUGAAUGCAUUGGUACCGUCGACAAAGACUGCCACGAAAGAGAGGGGCACGAGGCAUACGAGGUGCACUCUCCAUCACAGGGAGGGCUGGUGGGAGCCGGUGGGGCGCGUGUCGCAAUGUCGCACGGCGAGGUGGUGCUGGGAGGGCCGGCGCACUCCACCACGCCGCACCUGGUGACGCACGGGCAGCUGUCGCCGCACGCGUACCGCGCGCUGCCCGAGCACGAGGCGCACUACGCCGCGCCCGCCGCCGAGCCGCGCGCCAGCGUCAUCGAGUCCAGCCAGCCGCUCAUCAUCGAGUGCACCUGAGCCCUGCUGGCGCACCACGCACUCGCCGGACGCGUGUUUCCCCGCCGCAUCAUGUGAUUCCAGUCUUGUGAUCUAUCGAAAGUAUUUCGUAUAAACAUUUGGACGUGCGAUUCGUCCCUUGCAGUGGCUAUGAGAUUACGAUAUAAACUUUAAGUUGUACAUUUUGUAAGAAAUAUUAGGACUUGUAAAUGCGAUGCGAUAUUAAUAAGUACUAAGUACUUGAGUUGUGUUAAGUCCUUCGGGAAGUGUAUCAUAUUAGGUUAAGAAUUUAAAUAUUACAUCCAAGAUUUCAGCAGCCUCUGUUUAUACUAAUGCUCAAUUUUAUAAUUAUGUAUAAUUAGAAUUCUAUUGUAAAUAGGAUUUUGAGACAUCGACUUAUUUAAUUUUUUAUGCGAUUACUGUAUUUACCUACUUCCAGAUAAAAAUAUCUUCACUAUAGAAUGUUUUCGUGAUUGAAGAUAAUCCGUAAUGAUUUGUUGUUCAAUUUUAAGUAGUGUUAAAUAUCAGCACGUACAUAAAAGUGUAACUAUAAUUAAAUUUCACCAAAGAAUAUCUGAACAGCAACAGAGUGCCGAGCGAAUACUUUUUUGUGAAAUUAUUUCAGAUCGGUCCGAAACAUGUUAUUAAAAAACUGAUUAGCGAUAAGUGCCAAAAGCACGUUUGUUUUUAAGUUAAAAUAAAGAGAUGAGCGUAUAGUAUUUUUAAAUUGUUGUUCCUAAUGAAUAAUCGGAAAGUAAGCGCAUAAUAUGUGCACCAACGUAAUUCUAAUGUUAUUUAGAUUAAAAUUGUCAAAUUGUGUACAUUAUCCCUACGCUAGAACAAAUGGUGCUUCACAUCGUAGAGUAGUGGUCGCUGGCAUCGCUCGCGCCGCCCGCGCGGGGCGCCGAUGGACAUGUACUACAUUGUAAUGUUAAUUCACCGAGUCUACUAGUUACUAUUCUAUAUUCCCAAGUAAUUAUGAUUCUCCUAUUCGAAAAGGCUGAGAUAAUUAAAUGUAAUGUAAUGUUUGGCAAAUAUUAAACGUAAGUAAGUGUUGGUUUACAUGAUGUGUAACUUGUGCAACCGUGGCUUGAGUAACAGUUCGUGUGUAAUAUUGUGUAUUCACAGCUUAUACGUGAUGUAAAACCAAACGAUAGCGUUUUGUAUAUUUCUAUUGUUCAUACGAAUAAGAUUUUUACACGCAAUCCUUAGUAGAUUUAUUAUCUGUAUAUUUUCUACUGUUUACAGGGCAAAAGAAUUUGUACUACAGCCAACAAUUUGUAAGGCUUAAAUCGUGUUUAAAAUCAUGUUAAAAUUUCGCUGAUUUCGACGUUGUAUACCAAUACCUGAAAGAUUGUUUAAGGUUACAAUUCUUUGGUCAAGUGGCAUCUAUUUCUUAAAUUAUUCUUCAAAUGUUUUAAGUAAAAGUUUUUGAGAUCUCUAUGACGUCAACUAUAUUAAUACUUGUACCUAAUUGUGGAUUAGUGAACUUUCUAAUUGAAAGAAUUGUGAUAUUUUUUAAACAAUCUUAUGAUUAUUAUGUUGAAUUCUUAUUGAUCGCUAUGGUUAUUGUUCCAUAUUGUAAAUUAAAAAUUGUCUUUAAAAAGUCACUCUUAUACACAUUUAUAUUUUCCCUGAUUUUUGUAUAAAGUUUGAUUAAUUAGACUUUAUGAAUUCUACAUAUUACCUAUUUAUACAUUAUUAAAAAGUAAAAAUACAGGGUUCUUAAUAAUGUGUAUCAAAGGUCACAUGACACGCAAUGAAAUUAACAGAAUUUCUUGAAAAAACUGCAAUUGUAAUGUCACAAAAUAGUAGCUGACAGAUUUUUGUCCGAAUACGACCAUUCUUAGUUACUUCAUAAUUAUCCUAAAGAAAUUGCUUUCAAACGUCGAAAUCAACAUACGUCGAUUACAUCUCAAAAUCUACACUUUUUCGUAGAAACUAAUAUGUAAAUAUUAAAUAAGGAAGAUAAGUAUUGUUGAGUGAGUUCAGCACAGCAUGUUGACUACGAUAUUGUUACAUAUAAAUCUCGUUGACUUCUCGCCAUUCCUUAUAUUGAAUAUUAUAGUUAUAGUAUUUUGUUAGAUUUUUUAUUAUAGUAUAUCUAUUUAUCUUUCAUGUCGUAUCACAUUGCUGUUGGACCACUUAACAAUAAUUAAAUUCUUAAUUUUUAAUUAAUUAUACACUUUGUUAAUUUCAAUACCUUUGUUCAUCAAUUGAAUGCAAAAUUACGUAGACCUCGAACAGCAUCCAAAUUAUUUUGUACGGAAAUACAAUAGUAAAGAUCGCACAAAACUCGCACUAAGACAUAACUAAAAGAAACUUUGCUGAACAGUACGUAGGUACAAUAAACCAUGUUAUUUUAUUUGUUUGUUGGAUUUGGUCUAUUUUCUUUACUUUUGUAAAAUGUGAACCGGUACUUAGCAACUUAUAAGCACUGUAAAUAAUUCCGAUGAAUUAUAAAAUAAUAUGGUAUAUUUUUAAAUUAUUUACAUGUAAUGAUAUUUAUCAGUCACAACCUACGUCAUCGUAAUUAUAUUUCAAUAAUGUAUAAAAUUGACACCUAAGAGAGAUUGAUGGUCAUAAUAAAUAAUAUAAGUACAAUACGUUACUUGUGGUACAGCAAGGUAAGCAAUAUUAUCACUGUAUGUAUUUAAUACCUUUUGCUACUAUUAUGUAUAAAUAUAAUGUACUCGCAUACACCUCGUAAGGAGUAUAGGUAAUAUUGUAAACUACUUAAUGCGCCAGAAACUUACCUACAUACUGUAAAGGCCUGUAAUUUUGUACACCUUGAUCAAUAAUAAUUAUUUUACAACACCAAAUUCAUUAAAACGGGAGUAAAAAUAUAAA